GGCGACGCCGACACGGCGCCAUCUUCUCUCCGGCGGCACCAUCUUCUCUCCGGCAGCACCAGAUCUGACCAUUCUCUCAUUCCGCCAUCUUCUCUCCACGGCGCCAUCUUCCCCAGCUUUGGCGGACUGUCAAAUACACCAAGAGGCGGGAGAUUUCUAGGAUCGAAGGCAUCUCGAUCUUUCCUAUUCUCGGAGCUCCGGUGCUUUGGCCGACUGUCAAAAACACCAUUACCGGCGAGAUCAGGGCAAAAUGAAAUCAAAAGGCUCGAAGGGAAAACGAGCUCAAGCACCGAUAUCUAGCAGCAAUGUGCUUAAUGUCAGUGAGGCCGAGUGUGAUGAUGUUGGAAUGGAUUCCUCAAGUGGGGAAGAGAUGGAAAUCGAAAAUGAUGCAAGUACGAGCAAGGUUCUUUGAUCUUUAUUUAUGGAUAAUCUGUUCUUUUAGGUUGAUGGAAACUACACGGAAGCCGUCAAAGCUGAAGUACUUGUUUUGUUUGGAUCGAUUCCUGAACUUGACCCUAAGAAUGUGGAGACUACAAUUCAGAAUGGCUGCUGAAGUUUUGGACAAGCCAUGUUGGAUCGCUGAUGUUGACUUUUUCACAAGCAGAAUAAUGUCUUAGUUUCGUAAGGUUCAAAUUGUAGUGUUGAUGGUACAUAGUUGAAGUUUCUGAGUUGUUGCCUUCGGUUUCACAGAACUAUGUGGGCUUGAUCUUCAAACUGGAAUGUUUGCUGAGGUGGUCUUUCGUGAUGAAUUUUGUUUUAGUUGAUGGGAUAUAUAGUUGCAGCAGCUUUAAUAUAUACUCCC